GGGGAAGGAAAGGACUUUAGUGUCAAGAUGGUUACGAAAGCCUUAGCACUGGUGGUUCUCGCUCUCGUGUUGAAUCUAGUGACAGGGUCUGCCAGUGCCGACAGGGAGGACUCGUCGCUGCAGGACACACGCCGAGAACAGAAGGCGGAAUCAGAGUUGAGUUCUUCCCCCGAAGCCUCACUCCCUGAGGGGUAUGACGGCCCUGAGAUCUUCAUUCGCCCCGUGAACCAGGACCUUCCCGAGGGGGUGGAGGGAGGAGCAGCGGGAGGCUCUGCUAGGUCUUCCCUGGAGAGGAAAAUACACAAGUCCCUCUCCUGCUGGAACCAAGCGUCCAGCUCCCGCGGGGUGUGUCGCCUUCACAGGGAUUGUUACCCGUUGCUGCGCCUUCCAAACCUGUCCCCGAAGGAAGGAUGGGUCAUCGGGCUCUACGACAGCUGCCCACUCAACCACGAGGGCUCCCUGGUAUUCGGUGUAUGUUGUCCCAAGGACGUGGCGGUGAGUGCAGCGGAGCCCCAGCACAUCAACGAGGUGGAGGUUACGGAGACGGCAGAGGUGGGGGAGCAGGCUGACAAGUAUAUGUUAGUGGAGGGCCGUGAUGGGAGACGCGAGCGGGUGGAGGAAGGCCCUGGAUUGAUGGACAGGAGUCACGUCCAGUUUGUUCCGCCCCGAGGCCUGUCCCUGUCCCGAAGCCCCGCCUAUGACUGGUUGAACCAAUUCCCCGAGAUUAUCACUCAUCCGCCCUCACACACCAACAUGCCCUGGUGGACCACCAAGAAACCCUCCGCCCCCGCCGCUACCACCGCCAACUCAUGGUGGACCAGUGCCCCAACAACCACCGCCAACCCAUGGUGGACCAGCGCCCCAACAACUACCGCAGACCCCUGGUGGACUACCAAACCACCUACUACAACCGCCGACCCCUGGUGGACCAGCACGACUACCCAAAAGCCGUGGUGGGCCACAACCCCCGCCACCACCACAACACCGCGCCCCGCCCCUACUUCCACCACCUCCCCGUGGUGGGUGCCGCCCAAAACCACCACACCCUGGUGGCAUCGGCCCCAGCAUAACCCUGAAAUAACAGCCACCACCACAACUGUCGCGCCGCCGGCACCGCCGACCUCCACCCAGGAAAAGGACCCGUGCAAGCCCGGCAUCUUUUACUCCGCAGGACCUGACGAGGGCUUCAGGAUCAGCGGGGGGGUGCCGGCCGCGCCCCACACCCACCCCUGGAUCGCCGCUCUCUUCAACGGGCCCAAGCAGUUCUGCGGAGGCUCGCUCAUUGACUCCACACAUAUCCUGACCGCUGCCCACUGCGUCGCCCACAUGAGCCAGAUAGACAUACAGAACCUUCGCGUGCGGCUCGGGGCUCACAACCUGCUGGCGGUGGAGCGGACGGCGCAGGAGGUGAAGGUGUCGAGGGUCGUGAGGCACAAAGACUACGACUCGAGGAAGCUGUAUAACGACGUGGCGAUGCUGACGCUGUCCAACCCUGUCGAAUACACGAACGAGGUGCGGCCGGUGUGCUUGGACGCUAGUGGAAGGAAAUACAACGGAGAGGAUGUAACGGUAGCGGGUUGGGGCAGCAUGUAUGAAGGCGGCCCGCAGCCCUCGGAUCUCCACAAGGCUACGUUGCGGGUGGUGAGUCAGCCGGACUGCCGGAACAAGUACGGGCCGGCCGCUCCUGGAGGCAUUAUCGAGUCGUACCUGUGUGCCGGCACCGGCGGCAAAGACUCCUGCCAGGGGGACAGUGGAGGGCCCCUGGUAAAGUUCGUGGACGGAGUAUGGACGCAGGUCGGACUGGUGUCGUGGGGCAUUGGGUGCGGAAAGGGCCACUACCCCGGCAUCUACUCGCGGGUGUCCUCCUUCCUGCCCUGGAUACGGAGGGUUAAGAAGGCCUACUAAGAGUUUCCUCCCCGUCAACACGCCUGCGAUUCGCUACCCCUUUCUCCUGUCCUCUAUCCCUUCCCACUUCCAUCUCCUUGUCUCUUCACCCUCCGUUUUCUAUUCCUCUUCCUGAUAGCGGUCAGUUCUCAUUUUGUUUUUUAUUUGUCUGUUUAUUUUUUUUCAAUAAUUUUGUGUUUUUUUCUACCUUCCAAACUUCCAGUGUCACUUUUUUUAUUUUCUGAAUCGUCUCUCUUUUCUCUGUCCCAUUUCGCCUCCGUCUGCAUAUCUCAGGAUGCUCAAUAAUCAAGAAGGGCAUGUUCACCGCUGUACAUUUAUAUACAAACAAUCUGGCUGUAUGUGAUCACUUGUGGGAAGGCCGAGUAACAGACUUUGACAGAGCAGUUAUAGAAAUUAUAGCAAAAGAAAAUUACAGCAUUCCAGAGACAACACAAUGAAAUAUAUAGCAAAUCACUGAAAAUUGUUUUCAACGAGCAUAAUGAAACAGCAGUGAUUCCUUGCCUACAUGAUUUUAAGAAAAAGAAAUGUCAAUCGGAAACUUCGCUGACUAUCCCAUGUAACAAAAUGUAGUGUUGAGCUAAAUAAAAUUAAAAAAUAAAAAUAACUGCUGCACCACUAAGAAAUAAUUACGGGAAAAUAUUUGUUGCAUCUUGGGCACAAUAUGUAUUCCUUUCACUCAUGAUUAGCCAAUAUCCUCAUUUCAGAGAGCAGAAAAUUUUGUUACUGUACAUUGUAUCUAUGGUAAGCUCAAAAGGGUGUCUGUGCAAUGUUAGCAAUCAACGGAAGUUAGUUGACGUUACUUCCCUGUUGAACAACACGCCCCAAACUUCCCCAAUUACUCAAGCUGAAUGUAAUAAAAUGAAACGGUAAAUA